AUGGUUCUACAUGUCGAUAUUUCGACAAGCAUUCUUGCUUGCGUGGGACUGGCUGUUGUCUAUGUCAUCGGUUCAGUGUUCUACAAUCUUUUCCUUCACCCCCUUCGGAACUACCCCGGUCCGCUGCUCAUGAGAGCCACAAGAAUCACGUUUGGCUAUAAACUCAACAGAGGAACUCUUCCAUUCGAGGUUCUCGAGCUCCACAAGAAAUACGGCGAUGUCGUCCGUGUCGCCCCCGAUGAACUCGCCUUCAACAACGCCGGCGCCUGGAAAGAUAUCAUGGGUCACAGGACCUCAGGUACGGCCGAAUUCGAGAAAGAUCUGAAGUUCUACAGCCCUGCGCCAAACGUCCCCCGAACGAUUGUGAGCUCCAGAGGUCCAGAACACGCGAUGCUACGACGCCAAAUGUCCCACGGUUUCAGCGAGCGAAGUCUCAGGGAACAGGAGCCAUUGAUCAUGAAGUACAUCGACUUCUUCAUCCUACGUCUUCAUCAGAACUGCACCAACGAAGAACCCCUCGAUAUUGCGGCUUGGUACAACUUCACGACCUUCGACAUUAUCGGCGACCUUGCGUUUGGGGAGCCAUUUGGCUGCUUGGAAAAGUCCGACUGGCAUCCCUGGAUUCGCUCCAUCUUCGUCUCGGCUCGCCUGGGUACGGCGGCACAGACGGCAAACCACUUUCCUCUCUUGAAAUCAGUGCUUUUCAGGCUUCUCGCCAGCGACAAGGCGCGGAAGGCCAGAGGAAAGAACUUGGACAUGGCAAAGGCGAAGCUUGAAAAGCGUAUCGAGAUUGGUGCCAAGGGCGGCCGGCCUGAUCUUAUUGAGGGUCUAUUGAGGAAGAGGGACGAGCUUGGUCUGUCCUUCAUGCAGCUUGUGUCAAACAGCAACACCCUCGUGAUCGGAGGAUCUGAGACCACAGCUACUCUGCUUUCCGGGGUUACGUAUUACCUCCUGACGAAUAAGCAUGCCAUGGAAAAAUUAGCAGAAGAAGUUCGCUCAACUUUCCAAAGCGAAAAGGACAUCAACAUUUUGUCUGUCGGUAAGCUCAGCUACAUGCUCGCCUGUCUCGAUGAAGCACUUCGGAUGUACCCACCCGUCGCGAUGGGACUUCCUCGAGUGACUCCCAAGGCUGGUGCCACUGUUUGUGGGCGUUUCGUCCCUGGAGGCACGACUGUGGCCAUUCACCAAUGGGCGGUCCACCACAACGAGGCCUACUUCAAGGAACCUUUCAGCUUCCGCCCUGAAAGGUUCUUGGGCGACCCAGAGUUUGCUGGCGAUAACAGGGAGGCAUUCCAACCUUUCCACUUGGGAGCCCGGAACUGCUUGGGACGAAACCUUGCGUACGUUGAGAUGAGAUUGAUCCUCGCGCGCGUGAUCUGGAGCUUUGAUAUGGAACUUGCUGAAGAGAGUCGGGACUGGGUAGACAAGCAGAAGAUUUUCAUCCUCUGGGAUAAGCCUCCAUUGAAGGUGCAUUUGACACCGGUUCAGAGGGAGUGA